CCUUUACAACUCUAGCAAGCAAGGUGGUAAAAGGGGACAAAACUCACUUCACAAAUGUUCCACUUAGCAACGUAAACUUUUGGUCUCCUUAGUGGUCAUAACUCGAGGACUGCCUGUGUAUUUUCCAACAGGCAGGGUCUCAUAGUGGCUUUUCUUUGUUCCCUCCACCAGAUGUCCCAGUUUAUCGUGCAAUGCCUGAACCCCUAUCGCAAACCCGAUUGCAAAGUGGGGCGCAUCACCACAACAGAAGACUUCAAGCACCUGGCACGCAAGCUCACCCAUGGCGUGAUGAACAAGGAGCUGAAAUACUGCAAGACGCCGGAAGACCUGGAAUGCAACGAGAACGUCAAACACAAAACGAAGGAAUACAUCAAGAAAUACAUGCAGAAAUUCGGCACCGUGUACAAACCCAAAGAAGACACCGACAUGGAGUAGGAAGGGUAUAUAUAUAUAUAUAGUUUUUAGGGGCUUGACCCUCUGCUUUUCCUGGGCAGAGUUCACACCGUUAUGGGCCUGAAUACACGAAACACACAUAUUUUGGCCAACACAAACGUCUCCUUUCCAAGCUGAAUCCGGAGACCAGAGUAGCAGAAACAGGGGCGAGUUCAAAUUGUUUGCACAGCCCCCACUGGCUCACAAGCACCUCACUUUGCAAGAGCCCCCAAAACUGACCACAGGGCGGUGCUUCCCUUGCGCAACGCAACGCGCGAGUCCAUUCCCCUCCCCCCCACUGAGGUCUGUAUAAUAUUCUUAUGUGAAU